AUGGUUUCACAUAAUCAGAAGCCAAAGGCCGGGGGCAGUCAAGAUCCCAACUCUGCCCGUAAACUUAGACCGAGGCCCAAGCCUAGCUUUUGUCGAAAAGGCGACUGUCGCCGAGACGAUCCCACGGCAUCAUGUAUUGGGUGCGACACAAACGCUGUGAUAAAAGAGAUAAGAGUUUGUCUCCCAAAGGCGGCUGCAGACGAUGGUUCUGAUAGCACUCAAUGUGACAUUACCAUGACCACGGAAGACGAUGACAAUGAUCUCAUGAAGAUUGAUUCCAGCAGCGGCAGCAAUGACAACGGCGAGGAUGAAGUUCCCCACACGAACGCGAAUGAGGGUGCUGCUACUACAGAGGAUAACUCGUCCAAAACAGAAGAAGUGCCGAUACCAGCCCAGAAAGACAUCGCCUUUCAAGCUCGCCCACCUGUCUUGGCACUACCAUCGGAGCUCCUCAGUAGUAUAACUCCCUGGACGCCCGUGGACUCCUCGACACUCAUGGGUCCUCCAGCAGCCAAGAGCCAUGCAACGCACAUGGCCGCUACAACAAGCAACAUAUAUGCUUCGAUACCUAUGGAUACUCCAGCAAUCAUGAAAGAAGCUACAUCCAUGAAUCCAGCAGCAUAUUACGCAAGCUUCCCUGGAUCCUUGAAUUCUGCCUCGUCUGUGGCGUCUCCAGCAUUUACGGCCCCAGCAACCAUGCCUCCUCGAACAGUUAUGGGUCAAUCCUCCAUGAGUUCCUCCGCAACUACAAACCCUCCGACAAGCAUCGGUACUCCAACAGUCACAAAUCCGCAAGGGUUUGUGGCUUCUCCAACUUUCAAGGGUCCUUCGACAUCCAUGUCUCCUUCGGCAGUUGGUCCUUGGGUGUCAGAUACGGCUGGCCCAGAUUUCAUAGUCCCCCGAGAAGACAUAAGCACAGCAGCCGACUUUUACUCUGCCGCAAUGGAUGAUUCUACUGAGAUGGGUUACCCAAUGAUCAGAACUCCCAUACCACUUAGAAUUAUCAGGCCAAGGGUCAAGGUCAAUCGUCUCCGAAUGAGGAAGAGACCUCCAACAGCAGCACGUCCAAGGCAACAGCCGGCCUUGAAUCCCGGGGCACAUAUGCUUCCUUCGCCAGCUGAAAAUUCCCGGGCACCGGGGGAAUCUCUAGCUCCCACAAGUUCCUCAAACGCAGCCAACCCUCCUUCAAUUACAAUUUCGGCGCCAUCCACGACUUCUCCCGUAGAGAUUGAUAGUACAAGAGGCACAACUUCUCCAGUUGUCGAUAACAAUCCUCCGUCACUCGUGAGUGCCACGCCUGAAACAACUUUUCCAGUACCCACGGGUCCGGCACUCACAAAUAUGGCAGUAAACGAGAGCUCUUCGGUCGUUAGUGGCCCAACAUGCACAAGUCUUCCGGCAACCACGGAUGCCCUUACUACUGAGAAUCCCCAGGUAACCAUGGAUUGUGCACUACUCAAGAGUCUUUCUGCCGCCCUAAAAACGGAAAAUCCUCAGAUGGAAGCUCAUCUUAAGGCGUAUGAACCUCCACCCACCAACGCUGGGAAUUACUUGUAUAUUAUCCAGACCAGCUACUGCUAUACAUCCAGAGCGGCAGAUGGUAUUCCUAUGAAGCUAGAUCCAAUAACCAAAAAAGAACUGAUUCACUUGGAGGUACUCGUUACGAACCCCCCUAUCUCCUCCACUCCACCCUUCUUCAUGCCACCCCGAAGCUUGUCCAUCUAUCUCCUCAAAAUAUACCGCCACGAAGUCUACUUCACAUACCCAUUUUUCAACAUGAACCAAUUUACGGAUGUUGUGAUGAAGUUCUUUAUGCUCAUCACCAAAUCGGAUGUCUCAUCAGCCUAUCUUGGCCUCGGUUGCUCAGAUGAGUCCAACCCCACGACACCUCUGUUCCAAUGCUCUCUCUUCAUGAUGCUCUGGCACGCUGUCUACUUUGCGAAUAUAGAACAAGAAGACAAGGAGUUUGCUUCCGCCAUUUUCUGGAAAUGCGCAAAGUUCUUCAUGACGGAGGAACUUCUCGAGACUAGCUGCCUGGCAGCCGUACAGACCCAACUCAUCAUCGCCGUUGCUCUCAACAGCUCCAAUCUUCAAGGAAACGAAAGGAAAAUUCCCGCUGAACUGGCUUAUCGUAUUGCACAAUGUCUAGGAAUUGACAAUGAAAAAAACCUACCUACAGCCGCUGCAGAAGGUGUUCAUGAUGCCAAUAGACAGGCUUGGUUUUCUCAAACAAGACACUCCCAGUUACCCCUGAACUCCGGCAUGAGCAAGUCCCCGCUCGCUACUCGUCGCUAUCAAUCUCCCGCCGGCAGCGUAGAUUUCAACUUCUUCAUCAAUUGCGUCAUCCGCGCAGAAGAGUUGGAAAAGAUUCUAAAGGACAUCCGCAAAACUCGUGAGUCAGUAUUGGAACCAUUUACAGAGGAUUUAUACAAACAAUAUGCCACGAUUGUUCCUAUACUCCGCGGAAAGCUCCGCGAAUUCAUCAAUUUACUGCCCAAGGAGCUCGGUUGGGGUAUCUCUGGCUUACCAGACGAAUACGUUCGCAUUGGCAAUUUUAAUGAGCCAAAGGCAACCUCAAAUGCCAACUUCAUGCACUUGCGGGCCAUGCUCUUCCGACCCAUCCUCAUGCAUACAGGCAUAGACGGAUAUCUUGAAACCAAGUCGAUAACAAUCAAGAUCGACCCUGUCGUCAAGGAUAAGACUCUUACGUAUGCAAUGAGCUGUGUCAACACCGCCAUAAGUUUGAUUGAUUUCCUCUACAAGAGAUUCCUAGUCGAGAUAAAGAACAACAGAGAGUGGUGGUGGAGUCCAUACCAUACCAGCACUGCAGGCCUCGUCCUCAUCAUGGCUCAGACGUCCCCAACGCUAUGGUCACACGUCCAGGUAAGCCUUGUUGAGAAGGCCUGGAAGUCUUGUCAACAUAUGCUCGGCUAUGGCGGCACGGACAACCACUUUCACGAAAGGGCUCUUCGGUUUUUAUGGGGUGUAAACAAGCGCAUUGCUGGAAUCUGUGUGCUUGAAAACAGAUAUGAUGUCCUCAAGCUUAGACUCCCAACACCCGCUGUCACCUGGAGCUAUCAAAGGACGCCUCAAUCGCAGUCUGUGAAUCGCCGUUCACCAGUUCAGGAACCCGGAAGUACCUCACAUCCGGCAUAUCCCAAUUCAAACAGCAAUGCUCCAUUACAAGCUUCGAAUCCAAACCGGUGGCCGAGUGCGUUUCCAUAUGCAGCUCCUUCAAGCUCGAAUGCAGCUCCCUUCACAGCGUCGGCUGCUUCCACAAAUUUCACCACCAGGUCCUCAGCCUCGAAUGGAAUGACUUCUUCGGGAUCUGGAGCAGUUGCCAAUGCGGCUUUUGCAAACUAUAAUACAGUCCCUUGUGCUCCACUACCGAACACGAGCACCGUUCCUCCAUUUACAGCUUCAUCGAGCGUUCAUACAACUCAAUUCACAGCUCCCUGGACGUCGGGUGCGGUCCCACCCUUCAAUGCUCCGGCUUCUACUGCCUAUCCGGUAUCUGAUAGCUCAGGAAGCGGCCCUUUCCCGUUCUCCUGGGAUUCAAACAUGGUUCCGCCUGCUGCUCCAGAGACUGCCGAAGUUUCCUACACUGUUGCUUCACACUCAAUGGCCGUUACAUCUACAGAUUCUUCAGGGUAUACCAUAGCACCUUAUGCUACCUCUUCACAGUGGAAUAUGACUCCAUAUGCAACUUCUUCAGAAUCUGCUACCUUCGCUCAUACUGAUGGUACGGACUCGAAUACAGCUCCAACCACAACUUCUUCGUGCGUUACGCCGGCGACAUACACAGGUCCCUACACGGCAUUCUCCGACCCCAACGCAACCCUCUACACCGAAGAAUCCGCGAAUCUCAACGGAGCAGUGUGGCCAGAUAUGUCAGCAUAUAAUUUAACAGCUGCGUCUUCUAGCACAAUGACCAGUCUGUCGCCAUCCAAUCCCAACCUUGCUAAUUAUGGCAACAUGGAGGACGUUGAUGGCGCCGAAAUGGGGAUGGGGACACAGGUAUUCUACCAGCCAUCUACUAAGGGAUAUACAUAUUAUAGCCCUGAUGAUGACGCAUUUAUGGCUUGCAAUGAACAGAGAUGA